AUGGAACCUCAAAAGUACAAUUUAUACAAUAUAUUUAUAGUUUGUACUGGAGUUUACGAGUAUAUCAUAGGCGGGCAUGGUCUAGUGGUUAUGACGCCUGCUUCACACGCAGGAGGUCCCGAGUUCGAGCCUCGGUGGUCCAGGGAGCGGGCAUGGUCUAGUGGCUAUGACGUCUGCCUAACACGCAGAAGAUCCCGAGUUCGAUCCUCGGUGCCCGUACCAUUUUAUCUUUUGCAAAUGAUAUUUAGACUUAAAUGA